AUGGCGAGCCAGACGGGUCAGAGAGUUCGGUUGGUGAAAUGCCCAAAGUGCUUAAAGAUUCUACAGGAAGACGAAGAUGUUCCAGUUUAUCAGUGUGGUGGUUGUUCCGCCAUUCUUCAAGCGAAAAGACGCAGCAUUGCUCCAAACACUACACCGAGUUCAGGAGAGACAGAGGGGGCUAUAGCCAGUGAGCCACGAAGCGAGCCUGAAACCAACAAUGUGUCCAGCAGCUCACGGCAGGACACGGUUCUUCCGUCAUCUCCAGGGCGUUCCUCGGGACAAGUAGAUGAGAAGGCUCAGGAUGGAUCCAUGGAGUCUACUGAGAAGCGGCUCGGUGGCUUAGAGUUAUCUAACGGAGAGGAGGGGAACGAAACCCAACUGCAGGAAUGCUCACCUGAUGAUUCCGACAAGAAUGAAGGUGAAGACAGCUCCAGCAGAUUAAAGUCUGAUUUGAAGUCCGUGACAGAAGCUACAGGAGCAGGGACUAGCUCAGGAAGCUUGAGUGCUGAUCAUCUGGUGGCUGCAAGAGCGAGUCAUUCAUCCAGUGAUGCUUACAACAAGCUAGAAGCUGAAAUCUCUCCCGAUGCCUCUCCUGUUGAAGAGGAGCAAAACGAAGAUGGUUACGCUUUUCACCCUCACAGGGAGUCACCAGAUGAUCUUCCUGCAAACAAGACUUCUUCUGCGUAUGAUGGGAGUAAGUCUUCGUCUGACGAAAGGGAAGACCAGCUCCUCGACGAAAACGAACAAUGGAAUGCUCUUCAGAAAAUAAGAACAGGCAAUUUUGAGAUGCAGAGAUACCCUGAAAGUUUCAAGGAGCAAGGCGCUAGUUCCUCGUCCACUUUCUCCGAGAAGAGGCGCAAUGGGACCACCACAUACAGCGAACGGCACCAGAACAGAUCUCUGCAACUUGAGGGACCAGGAGGGCGUCUUGGAAGACAAGGGAGGAGACAUGUGACAGAACAGCUCCGGCCCAACAUGCCUUUCUAUCCGAGAGAAACAUACACACGUGUAAGCCCUACAUACCCAUCGCACGAUGAGUUUGAUCGCUAUUCCCGUGCACACUCGCUUCAAAUGCCUCCAUACGCUGGAGGCAUGAACUACGAGAGUGCUGACUAUAUGUAUCAAAACAACGCAAGGGCAAGAGGUCGGGGCCAAGGGAGUAGGUUCUCAGGAGAGAUGGCGAGUGACCGAAGAAACCAUGCCGGUUGGUAUUCAGGUCAGCUUCAUAAUUCUUACAGUUCGUAUUCUGCAAGUCCACAGAGGCCGAUGGAACAAGCCGAGUAUAAUCCGAGAUGGAGCCACGAGAUGGUCUCUGACGUGGAGGAACAUCAGCGUAAUAGACAUGCCGGCCACCACCAUGAGUUACAGACCCGUCGUCUAAAAGAGAGACAACGUGUGGCCAAGCGUCAUAUCCGUCCUACAGCCGGUGGGGCCCCUUUCGUCAGCUGUUACAGUUGCUCAGAAAGCCUGCAGCUUCCUGUAGACUUUCUCAUCUUCAAUAGGAAGCAUCAUCUUCUCAGAUGCGGCACCUGCACCACUGUUCUCAGAUUCUCACUUCAGUCCAGGACUCAUUUAGUUCCUGCAGUAACACCUGACGCUAACGCUAAUAGGAGUAGCAACUCAACAUCAGAGUCUCCCAGGGACAAAGCUCAUUCCAAACCGGAAAAGGCGAGCUCAUCUGCUCAGGAAGAGGAGGUACCUGUGGCUAGAGGCUCCCCGCUUCAUCGGCUAAUGGGAUAUUCUACUGUAAGCCAAGUCUUUAAAGCUUCUCAGCGUCCUCCUUCUGUGUAG